UUCUUCACAUUCGCUUUGUUUACAAGCUGUGCGCAUUAAAUCUGAAUUUAUUUUUUCGAAAUUAAUUUACAUACGCUUAAAAAAUGACUUCAAUUCUGUUGGGUCGUAUAUGUCGUACCUGUUUAAAAAAGUCUAAAGAUAUGCAUAAAUUACGUGAGUUCAUCAAUGAUGAUCUACAGAUUGAGGAGAUGCUAAAUCAAUCCAUACCCAAUUUUGAUCUGGGUAUGGAUGAAGUACCUUUGCCGGUGGAGAUAUGCGAAGAGUGUCUUUAUAAGUUACAAAAAUCCUAUGAUUUCGUACAAGUUUGUUUAACAAGCAACAAGGAGUUGAAGAAUAUUUUGAAUCAACAGGAGCAAGAAAUCGAAGGGGCACUGAUAGCUUGCACAACAGAUGCAAAUCCAAUGGAUAUUUUAGAGCAAACCGACAUACUAAUGGAUAAUUUUAAAAAAGAACCACAUGACGAGAACUCUAACGCCAGUCGGGGACAAGUUAAUGGUGGCGUCCAAGCCAUGAGCCCAGAUCAUCAAUUUGACGCGGUUAAACUUGAAGUAGAAAUGCUAAAUGAUAGUUUCCAUGAAGACGGUAGUAGCUCUGAAGAAUAUUGGCCACAUGAUGAUAAAGAAGAUAGUGAGAGCAAUUUCUUUCAAAAUAUGGCCAAAAAAGCUUCUCUAGAUGUUAAGCCCAAACGACAAUACCGCAGAAAAGUACCUUUAAAACGUGUUAGCAAUAAAGUUUGUCUACACUGCAAUAAGGUGUUUGCCAAAAAGAAUCUUUUAACCAAACAUUUGCCUGUACAUGACCCGGACAAUGAAUUUGUCUGUGACAUUUGUAAUUAUCGUUUUUCGAGUGAAAGAAAACUAAAAACUCACGUAAGUGGUAAACAUACGGGUGUAGAAAUAAGUUUAGCUGGUGGUCCAUAUCCCUGUCCUGAUUGUCCCAUGAUAUUUCAACAAACACGUUCUUUGGCUGCCCAUCGUGUCAUGCAUUCAGAAAGAGAUUUUAAAUGUGAGGUUUGUAGUAUGAAUCUUAAAACAAUGGCUGCCGUUACCAGACACAUGAAUUGUAAACAUCCCGAUGUGUUGCCCUAUAAAUGUAAUAUAUGCGAGAAGGCUUUUCCAGUGGAAAAUCAUUUGAACGAUCAUAUCAAUGAGCAUAUGGGCUAUAAGAAACAUAAAUGUGAUUUAUGUGAAAAAAGUUUUCCCAAUACUACUGCCCUAAAGGAUCAUGUACGCAUACAUACUGGGGAAUCACCGUUUUUGUGCCCACAUUGUGGCAAAGCCUUUAAAACGGCCAAUGUUUUGCGCCAACAUUUACAAAGACAUGGCGAGAAAAAAUUCCAUUGUCCCGAGUGUCCCAUGAAAUUUUUCGUCAAAGUCAAUCUGACCAAACAUAUGAGCUCACACACUAAGCUAAAGCCACAUGUUUGCGAUAUAUGUGGUUCAGCAUUUACCAGACAGGAUUCAUUAAAGGCUCAUAAGUUUAAGCAUUCCGGGGAGAGGCCUUUCAAAUGCGAGGAUUGCAAUAUGAGCUUUGUAUUUAAACGCCACUUGAAAAGACAUAAAAUCACCCAUACCGGCGAAAAGCCUCACAUGUGCAGCUUUUGUGAUCGUGCUUAUGCCGCCAGUGGAGAUUUGGUUAAACAUUUGCGCACUCAUGUGGGCGAAAAAACCUAUUUUUGUGACCAGUGUCCGGAAGCAUUUAAAUAUUCGAUUGAUCUUAAAGACCAUAAAGUGAUGCAUUACAAGGAAAAAUUAAGUUUACAACAACCAGUUGAUAUUCCACACGAAAACCCGGUAAAUGUAACAAAUGUAACCAAUGAAACUAUUUUGAUAGAAACAGAAACUGCAGUAGUUACUUUAGAAGAACUAUAUGAAGUUGAUAAAAAUCUUGAUGAAUAAAAGAAACCAAUUUUUUUAUGAAUACGUUAUAAAGUGUAGAUAUGUAUGUAAUAAAAUUAAAGCAUGGACAUUUUGGAUGGAUAUUUGUAUUAAUAAAUUUAGCAAUAAAAGAGUUAUUGAUAAAAAAACAAA